GAAGCUUGGUGAGAGAGAGGGAGAGACAGAGAUCGGUAAUGGCAAUGAGAGGAUACACGUUAUGUUCGAUCCUUGUGUUCUCGUUGUUCGCUUCGUGCGUAAGAAGCAAGGAGACGAAGGAGUUUGUGUUGACAUUGGAUCACACUAACUUCACCGAAACCAUCAACAAGCAUGAUUUCAUUGUCGUCGAGUUUUACGCCCCUUGGUGUGGACACUGCAAGCAGCUAGCUCCUGAGUACGAGAAGGCUGCGUCAGAAUUGAGCAGUCAUGUCCCUCCAGUGGUUCUCGCCAAGAUCGAUGCAAGCGAGGAAACAAACAAAGAAUUUGCAACGAAGUACUCGGUUCAGGGCUUCCCAACAAUCAAGAUCCUCAGAAACGGAGGGAAAGCUGUUCAAGAAUACAACGGACCUCGUGAAGCUGACGGGAUUGUUACUUACUUGAAGAAACAGAGCGGUCCUGCUUCUUUUGAAAUCAAGUCUGCUGAUGCUGCUGCUGAGGUUGUUGGUGACAAGAAUGUGGUUGCAGUUGGUGUUUUCCCUAAACUAUCUGGCGCUGAGUUUGAUUCUUUCAUGGCCACUGCUGAGAAACUGCGCUCUGAUUAUGAUUUCGCACACACCUCAGAUGCUAAGCUUCUUCCUCGUGGAGAGUCUGUGACAGGACCUGUAGUCAGGCUAUUCAAACCCUUUGAUGAACUGUUUGUUGAUUUCAGGGAUUUUGUUGGAGAAGCUUUGGAGAAAUUUGUCAAAGAAUCAAGCAUUCCUCUUAUCACCGUCUUUGAUAGUGAUCCAAACAACCAUCCAUAUGUUCUCAAAUUCUUUGAAAUCCCUAAUACUAAGGCGUUGUUUUUCAUGAACUUCAACGGAGAAGGAGCUGAGUCUCUUAAAUCAAAGUACCGUGAAGUUGCUGCAUCCAACAAGGGACAUGGUCUUAGCUUUCUUCUCGGUGAUGCUGAGAACAGCCAAGAGGCACUCCAGCACUAUGGAGUCGAACAGAGGCAACUUCCUCUCAUCAUCCUCCAGACAGUGGAUGACAAAAAGUACCUGAAAACAAAUGUGGAGGUUGACCAGAUUGAAUCAUGGAUCAAUGACUUCAAGGACGGGAAAGUUUCUCCGUACAAAAAAUCUCAACCUAUCCCGAGUGAAAACAAUGAGCCAGUGAAAGUUGUUGUUGCUGAGAGCCUUGACGAGAUGGUCUUCAACUCUGGAAAGAACGUCUUGCUUGAGUUCUAUGCUCCAUGGUGUGGACACUGCCAAAACCUUGUUCCAAUCCUGGACGAAGUUGCUGUCUCGUACCAAAGCGACCCAAGUGUAGUCGUAGCUAAGUUUGAUGCAACCGCAAAUGACUUCCCACAUGACACCUUUGAUGUGAAGGGCUUUCCAACCAUUUACUUAAGAUCAGCGAAUGGAAACAUUGUGCUUUAUAAAGGAGACAGGACAAAGGAAGAUAUCACAAGCUUCAUUGACAAGAACAAGGACACAGCUGGAGAGACUAAGACGGAGGAAAAGACAACUAAGGAAGUUAAGGACGAGCUCUGAGGGGAGAAAGUGUGUUCUGUCUCUAAGCUGCUAGCUUAAUUAGUUUGGUAGUUUUGAGGAAAGUACACAGAAGAAGACAAGGCUUUGUGUAGAUAGACAGAAAGAGAAGGUCUCUUUAUCUAUUCAUAGUUUUAAUAUGCAAUCUGCAGAACAAUAACGACUGCUUCAUUUUUUUUUUUUUGGUCAUUUUUUAUUUUAUUUUUU